GGUAAGGUUCAACAUUGACAAAGACCUCUCCAUUUACCCCCUCCCCCUCCCCCCUCCUCCAACACAACAUGCCUCCACGAUUACCAGCGCUCGCUUCCUAUUGUCGCGCGACGCCAGCUUUGGCCACGCCUUUGGCUGCAUUCCUUGCACCAUUGAUGCAAGCAAGGAACGCUUCGAUUCUUUCAUCUUUGUCGGACAACUCUGGGGCGUAUAAUAAACGUAUACGAAGAGGUCGAGGUCCAUCUUCGGGAAAGGGAAAGACAUCGGGACGUGGUCAUAAGGGUCAGAAGCAGCAUGGAAAAGUACCAGCACGAUUCCAGGGUGGUCAAACACCACAAGAUGUUGUGCACGGUGUGAGGGGGUUUGAGAAUCAUUUCUCCGUUGAUAUGUCCCCAAUAAAUCUUAAUCGCAUACAAGAUUGGAUUGAUCAAGGUCGACUUGAUCCCACACGACCCAUUACUUUGAAGGAAUUGGCCGACUCUCGAUGUUUGCACGGAGUGAAGGACGGAGUAAAGCUGCUAGCGAGAGGCAAGGGGGAGUUGAAGACGCCAAUUAAUAUUCUGGUAUCUCGCGCUUCGGCGACAGCAAUCGAGGCCGUGGAGGCGCUUGGAGGAACAGUCACAACCAGAUUCUAUACAAAACCAGCGAUUAAGAGACUUUUAGCGGGAGAAUCUGUCUCUAGUUCUGUCCCACUUUCAGCAAUCGACGCCCAGUUGGUAAGCGACUCUCCAAUUCUCACAGCCGCUGCUGCCGCGUCACCAUUCUCCUACCGCCUGCCAGAUCCCACAAGUCGUAAAGAUAUCGAAUACUAUAGAGAUCCGGCGCACAGGGGCUACUUAAGUCAUACCGUGGAGGAGGGCCAAGGACCAAGUUUGUUCUUUAGGGCUCCACGAACUGGAAAUUUCCAAAAGAAAUCGAAGAAGACAGGUACAGGUGCUGCAGCGAGUGCCAACAGGAUAUGGUAAAUGUUGCCACUGUAUAUUAAAUAUAUGUAAUGGCUAUGACGUAUUUCGAUACGGAUCGAGCAAGAGUUUUGCAAAAAAAAAAAAAAAAUUGAUGACAGAACGCCAUUCAUUGAACUAUCAACUUGCAGAACUGAAGGCAACAGAUGUUGUUGAUUCAUUCCGGCUAUUACAAAUACUCUUAUCUCUCCAUGAGUAUACCAUACUCUGAUUCAGCAAGGACGGAAUAUAGAGUCAGGUGGUCGACUCUCAUCUUGCUCUGGUAUGGUUUGGUUUAAAGCUUUGCAGCCAGGUCAUAUUUGAUCAAGAGAUGAAUGCUUGCAUGUGUAAUGAACCCUCAAAUAGUACCCCGCAGACUGAAUAUAUCAGUGAUCGAGCAUCAAACGUUUUGUGUAAAGACAUUUGUAGUCUUAUGUUUGCUCAUCCUACAGCCUACUCAUAUAUCUACAACACCCGAUGUUUGAUCUCACAGUGACUAUACGAUCUAUCACCAAGAUGAUGAGUAGCUGUGAUAAUUUCAUGUGCCAAGGCUUCUUAAAGACGAGAAAUCUAAGUAUCGAAGAAACCACCACCUGGAUCUUGUGCAUAAAUUAAAGGGGUCUACAUGUUUAGACGACA